UCUGCCUGGUCUAUCUAGCAAAUUCUAGACCAUCUGGGGCUACGUAGAGAGAACCUGUCUCAAAAAAAAAUUUUUUUUAAAUAAAUAAAUAUGGGCUAGGUUGGUGAAGAAGAGCCAGGUUCUAAGCUAUUUCCAUACUUACUUGACCAAGGUACUUAAGCUGUAAGUGCUUGUGUUUCCUGGUCUAUAGAAAGGUAAAUAAGGUUGAUCCGAGAUUAAGGAAGACGUUAUGUGUACCUGACCCAAGGCAAGCCUUAUUAGAAGCAUUGCCCGUGAUCUUAGAAGAGCUGAGUCUAAGACCAUAAAGUUUUCAUUCUCCCUUCAACCCAAUUAGGCAGGUGAUGGAGCUGGGAACACAGAGUUAGUUCCAAGAGAGACUGGGCUGUUGUGGAGAGCCAAUUGUGCGUUCCUGGGUGGUGAGAAUUUUUCCUUCCUUCCUUCCUUCCUUCCUUCCUUCCUUCCUUCCUUCCUUCCUUUUUUGUGACACACCCAAUGCCCAGUUACUCCUGUGGAAACAGUUCGAGGCAGGUGCACAGAAAUGAACAGCCCUAAGUUUUCGUUUGCUCCACCCCAGGGGGCGGGACCUCGUUUAAGAAGGAAGUUAUUCGAUCACUCAUUCAAAGUAGGGUUGGGUGAACGUCCUGGGAAGUGGAAUUCGGGGCCUGGACCUCCGUGAUCCAAUAGAUCACUCCCUUUGCAGGCGCUGUCUUCCUCUCAACCCAAACCCCCAGCUGUCACCGUCGUUCCCGCUUUCUGUGCACAUAACUCCUGGAAGCCGCUAACUCCUGAUGUCUUCUGCCAAGUUAUGGAACUAUGGUGCCUCGGCCUCUCUUGUACCCUGUGAUGAACUGAUGAACCCAAAGUUUGUGGGCUAUGGCGGAUUUGGUACAGUGUUCCGGGCACAACACAGAACUUGGGGCCAUGAUGUGGCAGUCAAGAUCGUGAACUCGAAGGCGAUAUCCAGGGAGGUGAAAGCUAUGGCGAAUCUGCGUAGCCAGUACGUGCUGCUCCUGCUUGGGGUCACCGAGGACCUCGAGUGGGAUUACAUAUCUGGGCCGGCUCUGGUGACAGUCUUCAUGGAGAACGGCUCCCUCGCAGGGCUGCUACAGAGCGCGUGUCCUCGACCCUGGCCGCUCCUCUGUCGCCUGCUGCAUGAAGUGGUGCUAGGGAUGUGUUACUUGCAUAGCUUGAACCCAGUGCUCCUGCACCGGGACCUCAAGCCUUCCAAUGUCCUGCUGGAUCCAGAGCUCCACGCCAAGCUAGCAGAUUUUGGCCUGUCCACAUUUCAGGAAGGGUCACAGUCAGGGUCAGGGUCCAGGUCCAGGGAUUCAGGGGGUACCCUAGCUUACUUGGCCCCAGAGCUAUUGGUUAAUGUCAACCGGCCUGCUUCCCCAGCCAGUGACAUCUACAGCUUUGGGAUCCUUGCGUGGGCUGUGCUGGCUGGAAGAGAAGCUGAGUUGGUAGACCAAACAUCACUAGUUCGUGACGCAGUUUGUGAAAGGCAGAUUCGACCCCCAUUGGCAGAGUUGCCUCCCCCCAGCCCUGAGACUCCUGGCUUGGAAGUGCUGAAGGAGUUACUGAUGCGCUGCUGGAGUUCUGAGCCCAAGGACAGGCCAACCUUCCAGGAUUGCCAACCAAAAACAAAUGAAACCUACCGCCUGGUAGAGGACAAGGUAGAUGCUGCUGUCUCCGAGGUGAAGCAGUAUCUGUCUCCGCACAGAAACCGCAGCAGAAAGUUGUCAGACCAGAGAGGUACAGAAAUGAAUGACCCUGGGGAAAGCUCAGUUUCUGACAUGCUAGACAACCUGCAUCUGGACAGGGGCUCCAGACCAGUUCCUGAAGAAGGCAUAAGCCUUACAGAGAGAAGAGAACAGCAAGAACCAAUUGGGCGUGCCACAACAGCAGCGACAUCUUCAGAUACAGGGGCUGGAACUCCCCAAAUGCCACACACUCUACCCUCCAGAGGCCCAACACCCAGCCCAAACUUCCCUGAGGCUCCUGGUCCUCACCCCCAAAGGAAUCAGGGAGAUGAAAGACAAGAUACCUCCUGGGCUCCAGGGCCAAAUCCAACAGCAGGGUCACAGUCUGUUACCUUCAAGAACUGUUGUGGAGUGCAGAUUGGAAACAACAACUACAUGGCAGGCAGCUGCUUACCAGUGCUACCGAGAACUGCUUUACCCAAGAAGAGCCCAGCACAGCGCGGCAGGGGCAGGGGCUGGCAGCCCCUCCAUGAGUAGAUUUCGGAGAAUACCCGCAGGAGCCUGAAGCCAGUAUAGAGGAAAUUAAAGCACAUUGUAAGGAUCCCGGAACGACUAAGACGAUCAUUGCCACUUUCUGUGCUCCCCAAUAUUCUUUGAGAGCAUUUAGACCUAC